AUGGCGGAGCUGGAGCUGCUGCGCACCGAGAUGGAGGCCGCGUGCCGGGGCGCGGCCGAGGCGCGGGAGGCCCUGAGCCAGUCGGCGGAGCUCGGCCAGCUGCUGCUCUCGAGGAAUGAAGCCUUGGAGCAGGAGCUGGAGGUGCUUCGGCUUGAGAAGUCGCGGAUCGCCGCUUCAGAGGCCAGUCGCCGCCAGAGGCUGGAGGAGGAGUGCCGACGCUUAGAGUUGGAGCUCGAGCAGAGGGACGGGCAGAGGGCCCGGCAGCAGCGCCUGCAGAGCGCGGCCUCGGCAGACUCGGACGAGGAGCUGAGCAUGGAGCAGAUGAGGCAGAGGCUCAAGCGCUCCGAGCAGAGCGAGCGGGAGCAUCGGGAUGCCGCCUGCCUUGCGGAAGAGCAUGCCGCUGCUCUCGAGGAGAAGCAUCAGAAGCUGGAAGACGAGCACCGGAAGCUCCAGGCCGGUCGCUGCACUGCACUGCACCGCUGGCGCCGCGCGGGCAGCGCCGUCGUGCAGCGCCUGAGCGCCGGGCAGCUCGGCUUCGCCGGCGAGGUUCCCGCGGCGAAGUCGGCGCCCGAAAGCGCGAAAGACGCCGACCACGAGCUUUCCCUGCCGUCGCCCUCGGCGCCUUCGUCGCCUUCGCGGCGCAGCGAGCGCAGCGAGGACUGGCCUUCGUGGCCGCAGCUUGAGCUGUUGGCCUCGGAGCGCGAUGCCGCUCGGGCCGAGAAGGCGCAGAUGGAGAGCCAAUCCCAGGAACUCGAGCAGGAGAACACCACGUUGAGGCUGCUCUUGGAGGAGGAAAGUCAAAGGACCCAGGCUCUCUUGCAGCAGGUGGACUACCUGGCCGAACUCCUCGAGGAGCGACAGACCCAGAGCGGCGCCCGGGACAUGCUGAAGUCGCUUGGCCUCUCACGCGAGCCCUCGCCGGAUGGCGCGCUCGCCGCCUGCGAUGCCCAUGCCACGGAGAAAAGCCAGCCAAGGGAGCCCGAGGAGGUGAAGUUCCAGCUGCGCUCCAGGGAUCGCUCCAGGGGACCUGCAGAGGCGCAGAGCCUGGAGAGCUUCCUGGCGGACCUCCGCUCCCGCUCCCCCUCCGUGAGCCGGAAGCGGAGGCCUCCGCACGUCACCUUGGAGGACUUCUUGGGGGAGAAGCCCAGCUGCCUCUUCGACGUCACAGCCUCCACGCGUGCGGCGGCAAGGCUGCCGGGGCAGGAGCAGAGGAAGGUGCAGCCGCCCUCACAGGCUUCGCUUCUGGAGCUCCUGGGCUGGCGGCGCUGUCAGGCUUGCGGCUCCCUGACCUGGUCCCCGCUGGGCCAACGGAAGCUGCAGAGCGCCAAAGCCUGGACUUUCGCCCUGGACCAGGAUGCCAGGGCCUCGCAAACGACCCGUGGUCGGAGCCUGGCGCAGUGA